CAACCCAUUUGCCUGUCGUCACUCUCAACAGAAGACAGGAAGCUCAACGAGCUUGUGGCAGCUGAAGCGACCACAUCGGCGGCAACGAAGCAGCAGUCCGACGAUCGAGUAGCAGAGGCGGUGGGUCUGCUAGCUCAACUCGUUUCAGAUGACGAAUGUAGAACGGCGCCCUACCGACGAUGAACCUGUGACCGACGAACGGCGGCAGCUGCUGUCCUCCAGAGCGCAGUGAAGGAAAGAAUCGACAAUGGUGAGAAGAAACCCUAGUUGUGAUCGAGAAAGAAGAAAUAGCAGCAGUGAACGGCCAAAUUUGGGCCCUUGUACAAAUAAAUAGGGAAGGUUAAUUAUGUAAUCUUGCAUUCUCAUUUUAUAAAUGCCACGUAUGUUCCCAAAUGUGUGAUUUGCCUAAAAUUCCA